ACCAUCUACCUCGAUACAAGAACUCAUCGACUGCGAAAUCCCGUGCAUGGUCCUCGACUCCGGCCAUGCCCUCUGCCCUCGGAUCACUCGAAUUUCGUGACCCGAGCGCAUCCUCGAAGACUGUCUCGAUUCGCUGCAAGGCCGCACUGUCGUUGCCUCGCUCUUGCCGCUGGUGGAAUCGUCGAAUUUGCCGCUGAAUUGGCCCCGAUUGAUUUGAUUUGAGUCGAGUCGAGUCGAGCGAGGCGAGGUGCUAUGGCCGCGGCUGCUGCGGCUGCUGCCAUCUGCACACCGCGAAGCGCUUUGGGGUCGCUCGACGGACGGGCGGUUGUGGCGCCGGGGGCGAGGAGAGUGGGACCUGUGGCGGUGUUCGCCAGGGUGCUGAAGCCUGUGGAAGAGAGGUUCAAAAUCCAGCACGAGAAGAACGUCCCCGCCGAGAGGCUCAAGGAGCUCGGCGUCGAGAGGUGGUCGAAAUGGGAGUGCGGUCCCAAUGUGACGUACCGGCACGCAUGGCAGGUCGACGAGCAGAUUUAUAUCUCCAAAGGCUCCGUCAUGGUCACUCCUGAGGAUUGUGACGAUAGCGCCUACUUUUACCAAGGUGAUGUCGUUCGAUUUCCCAAAUGGUUGGUCGCCGACUUGACUUUCGACGAAGAUUACGAGCAAUGUUACCGAUUCUUGGCGUACGGUGAUUAGUGCCCUAUGUCAGUGAUUCUUGAGCCGUAGAGUUUUGGUUCAUGGUUCAAUGGACAAUUGCAGGGUGUAGGGUUUUAGAGUCGAGAAGGUUUUGCCCUGUACGCAAUUGGAACCACGACAGGAUUUAGUCUUUUACCACAUUAUGGCCAAGUUUUUGGCCGUAAGUACAAUGUGGCUCAUCACUCGGUAGUCUUCUCUAGAGUCCGGUCUUUUCUCGUUUGCCAUGCGCAAUCGUGGGAUCCGUUCCGUUGAAGAUUUCUCAUCGGAGCGGAAAAGCUUCUGUUCGUUGAGCUAUCGGAGGCGAGAACCUUAAAGAAAAUUAUAUCAAUGAAAUUCACUGUCAGCUUCGUUGGGUAGAAUAUACGUGGCAAAGUAAGUCAGAAAGCUCAGUGUUUACAAUCUCAAUUGAGAUUUUGUGCCAGUGUCGGGGCAUUAUAUUCACUCGAAUUGCACUUGUAAGAUGGAUCUCCACUGAAAAUUUCUUGGCCGUG